CCGCCCGCCAUGGAGGAGGCCGAGGGGGCUGCGGGGGGCGCGGAGCCGCGGCGUCCCCGCCGCCGGCCCGGGGCCGAGCGCUCCCCCAGCCCCAGCCGCCUGGACGUGAGCUCCAACCGGUUCGACCCGCUGCUGGCGCUGUACUCCGCCAGCACGCCGCUGCCCUUCCCCGCCGCGCCCUGCUUCAACAACCUCGCCGAGUACGAGAGCUUCCAGCGCGGCCUGCUCCGCCCGCGCGGCCGCCGCUCCGCUCCCUCCCGCCGCGGCGGCCCCGCCGCCCGCCGCGGCCCCCCCGCCGCCGACCCCGAGCGCAUCCAGCGUCUCCGCAGCCUCAUGGUCAACGCGGGCCCCGAGCAGGAGGCGGCCGAGGGCGGCGCGGCGGCCCGGCGCCGGCGGGCGCCCCGCAAUGUCCUCACCAGGAUGCCCCUCCAUGAAGGUAGCCCACUGGGUGAACUUCAUCGCUGUGUCCGAGAUGGUGUGAAAAUCAAUGUCCAUAUCCGCACUUUCAAAGGGCUUCGUGGAGUCUGCACAGGGUUUUUGGUUGCAUUUGACAAGUUCUGGAAUAUGGCCCUGACAGAUGUGGAUGAGACGUACAGGAAACCAGUAAUGGGCAAAGCUUUCUAUGCAGAACCUCAGCUCACACUAACCCGGCUGUUUGACAGACUCAAGCUGCAGGAGUCCUCAGUAAAGAAGGGAGCCGACUCAAAGGCUGUUUCAGAGGAGCUAGCCCUGACAAAUGACACUCAGACGCUGGGAUUGAAAGUUGGAUCAGGACGAGGGAAAGCAGAAGAUGAGCGCGAGAGGCAGAAAUGCUUGGUCAGAGCUGGAGAAAAGAAGAUGCCAGGUGACAGUUUGCAUCUGGCUGCCAGAGGUGAAGCUGAUGUGGGCAGCGGGACUGCCCACACAGAGGGUGCUGGUGCUGGUGGUACCCGUGCCAGAAGCCAGUCACGGAGAAAAAAGCGGCCCAAAGUGGAUUAUCAACAGGUGUUCACACGUCACAUAAACCAGAUUUUUAUUCGAGGAGAGAAUGUCUUGCUUGUCCACUUAGCACAUUGACUUGGCUGAACCUUUGUUGGUAUAUUUAUUUGGUAGCAUGAAUUGCCACUGCAGCUCUCAUUGCUAUUUAGUGUUCUCAUUAAGUAUGAUGGUAGUGUGACUGGUUUCCCAUUGCCAUAACGAGGUAGGGGAAAUAAUUCUGACUGGAGCAUCCUGAGCUUGAUGCCAAAGCAGUCAUCUUGGAUCUCUGUUGGGGGCCUCAGGACAAAGUCAGCAACACAGUUAUUUCUGUGAGAUGAGGGAAGUAAGCACAGAGCCCGCUGCUCCUUAAAAAGCUAAAUGGAGAGGGUUGGCAGAGAAUUUUGGCGUUGCAGUUAGAGGAGCUAAUUAUGGCACACAUUUAAGGAGCUUAAGAUACAAUCUCCACCUGAAAUGAAUCACAAAUACCAUUUUUCAUGUUCUGAGUAAUCUCAAGAGAAGAUUGUUAAUGAAGCCAACAGUUUAUCUGCUGUUGUUACAUGGAUGUCAUCUUCUCUAGACAUAAUCCUGAUGGCCAUUUUGAAAUAGUCUAUAAAAAGGUGGAGUGACAUACUUCUGAUGGCUAUUAGCCUCUUCUUCAUAGUUAGCUCUGUAAUAUCCUGUGUGAUAGAAAAUUGAAUUGAAUUUUCAUUUUAAUUCAAUUUCAGUAAGAAAAAUCUUACUAGAAAACUGUUCUUUUUCUGUGAAUGAUAGCAGGACUUUAAUUUGUUUUCAAUAUCAAAGCUUAGGCUUCUAUUUGUAAUGCUGUGCUUUAGCCCUGUGUCACCAGCAAGCAGCUAAUGUAGCUGAUCCAGGGACCUCCAUAUUUGGAGUUUAUCUGUGAAUGUUGUGGAUGCAGGUGGAAAAUUAUACUUUUAUAUUUCACCCAUUCGCUACUUAGUGUAAUAGUGAAGUUUGCAAAGAUGUAGUUUUUCUUCUCGGAUUUAAGCGUUUGUGCUGAGCACAGUUGUACUGUAUCUAAGCGCCUUCAAGUUCCCUCUAUUGUAACUAGAGGUGCUGUGUCUCCAGCAGUUCUCAUGGAGCGGAAGUCUUCAUGGGUCUUUCCUAUCCAUAUGAGUGAUGCAUCAUCUAAUUCCAGUUGAACUGAGCUUUGGAGGUGUGCCUAAAAAUGUUUUGAAGUAUAAAAGUCGAACUCAGCUCAUCAGUGGGUUUAUUUUAGCAAGGUUGUUAAGCUACUGUAGAUCAGGCCAGGCUUCUGCAUGUAUAAACUGCUUUCCAAGAGAGCCACAUGCAGAAGUUUGAGGGUAAAUGAAGCUGUUACAUUAUCUCAUAUGUUCCCUUAGUUGUCAGAGGACACUAGAUUUCCCACUGCUAUUACUGUAUUCUUCUCAACUACCUUGAGCUUUGCAGCAGCUCCAUGUAUUUAAGAUAAAGUUGGAAAAUAGCUUUAUAGCAGGUCUUGUAUUGCAUAUAGAGGUCAUAAGUCCUCAAACCGAGUGUCUGUACUCUCAGUGACAUAUGUUUCUGUUGCUGCAAAUGCAGCAUACUGCUUGCUUGUCAUUAAGGGUAUGUCUGGUGCUUGGGCGAAUUGCAGAAAUUGCAGGAGGUCCUGGGCACAGAAAGCAGCUGUAUGCCUCUGGGGGAGCCUGAAACUUUUAUGUCAGCGUUUCAGAUGAGAUGGGGCUUGGAUGGCAGAUCAGCUCAGCCACUGAGCUGCAAACCCAAGUUCAGCCUGGGACAGAACUGCCUUAGAAUAAAAAGCACUGGUGAGGCAAAACAGUUUCAUCAAGAGUGGGGGGGGGAAAAAAAAGAAGGGAAAUAAUAACUACAGUUUCCCAUUAUACAUAGCUUUAUUGCUGUAAUACCUUCCUACUAUGAACUGAGACUAGACACUGAAAAGAUUCUUCUCUUGGAGGUUCUUGUUUCCUCUCCUUUUGUGCUGUUCUUGUUUGUAUUCAUGUGGUCUGCAGUUCUUCCCAUUUUUUAAAUAUUUUUUUUCCCCUUUUCCUGUCAGUACUUUGUCUUCUCAGGACGUUCUAAACUCUGGUUUAGGAAGAUUGUUCUUGUAUUCAUCCCUAGUUGUCCUGGCUUUCUGAACCUUUCCUGGUUGGCUUUCUGUGAGGUUGCCGACAAGGCAGAACCCUCAUGAACUAUUAGAAACGUGUGAAGCUAGAAACAAGGGGCAUAUUUCUGCUCCUGACUUCUCUGCAGAUUUUAUUGCAAGUGAAUAUUUUUCUUCAUUAUAUUUUUGGUUGUGGGUUGUUCUUUCCCCUCUGCUUUCUGGCUGCUUUGCUUUUAUUUCAUUUGCUUGGGUUGACUUAUCUCUGCCUUUUCCAUUCAUGCCAAAGGUUACUGGUUUUGACCUCACCUCUUUCCUUGAUACUUGACCAAAGGGUGACAGAUCUCCACUCAGGCGUAUGUUAUGACAUCUAAUUGAAUUCUUGCUUUUCUUUACCUUCUAUUAUUAAUUUUCUUUGUCUGCCUAGUUUAUACUGCCUUCUGCAUUAAAUAAGGUACAACUACCAUGAAUGUUCUUGUGGCUGUACUGCCCUCUUUCCUUGGCAGUUUACACUUCACCAAGUUCUCAGUUGCUACUAGAAGUCUCAGCGUUUCCUUUCAUCAGAAAUUUUUCUCUGAAACCUUGCAGGUGUUUGUUGCUUCACAACUACAAGUUUCUUUUUUUUACAUUUUAUGAAAAGUGCUGGUGCUUAAACUUGCAUUUGUGCCUUGAUUUUUUAUAUGGUCAUGGACCUGUUCUUCUAAAACUGUCACCUCAGUCAACAAACCUGGUUAAGAACUAUACAGUUUGUCUACUUUUUUUGCUCUACCUCAUGAAACUGUUCCUCCUCUGUUGUCAUUGUUGUCUCAUCUGUGGAGUUGGUUAAAAUUCUGUCUUCCAAUUUAGAUUUAAUGGCUUAUUUGGUGGUUCUUCGUUUGUUUCCUACUUCCCUAUGAACCUCUCUCAUUAUUUCCAAGCUGCUUCCUAAAUACAGCCUCUUCUACAACUUCAGAUCUUCCCAGAUGUCUUCCUUUUCUCUACUUUUUAUGACAUUGUAUCUUUUUAAGGCCCAUUAUCAAAAUGCUAUUUUAUGAAUUUUUGUCUCUUCCAAGCAUAGCAUUUGUGACUUUGUCUCUUUCAGGCAUCAUGGUUGUGACUAAGCAAGUGAUCUGUGUUGUCACUUGCAUGUUUAAUACUUCAGAAAAUGUUGCUCUUUAAAUAAAAUUGAAUGUGAUGUUCUGAAAUUAAGUCUUCUACCUCACUUAAGUAUACAUGUAAAUCUGUUUGUUUUUUUUUUCUAAAGAAAACAACCCUUGGAAACAAAUGAGCUUUGUUUUUUUUUUAUUGUUUCCAGUUAUUUCAUGUUUUUCCUUUUCCAAACUCAGCAUAAAAUCCAGGUUCUUUGUUCAAAAAGCUGUCUGCUCCUAGCCAUUCCUCUAUUGCAGCAGUGUCAUAAAGAUGGUGUGAGCAUAGACAACUGGAGUCAUUAUGCUAAAGAAUGAAGAGUAGGAGUGGGAGUGUCUUAAGAAACAGAGCUGUGUGAGAGUGAAAAAGCUUUGGACCAAAUCUAAAGAACUUUCUGGAAAGAAUCCACAUACUGGUUGCAGCCUGUCCAGUAUUUCCAGGACAUUGUUCAGCCUGGUGCUCAACAGCGAUUCCUGGAGCAUGUUUAUGGUGAGGUACCAUAUUACUGCACGGAACAGUGUUCUGUACUACCUUUGAAGAAGUGUUGAGGUAAUUUGAGAAUUUUUUAGAAUAAUUUCUGUAAUAUCAGACAAAUAUAAAACUUGUGAAAUGUUAUGAUGCCAGCUGCAGAAAUGAUAUCAUAGUCUUGGAAUGUGAUGUCACAUAUAUCUCACAGUGUCAUCAUAUAUCUUUUCAUUGCCAGCACAGUUCAGUAGGGAGCCAAGCCCCAUGGUUACUUUAAGAGUGGUGAUUUUAUUUGUACGGUGAUGUAAUUCUAGGGACCUUUGCAGAUAGUCUGAAUGAGAUUUUCAUGGAACCACAGCAUAAAAGCGUGCUAUGCUGUGGGGAUGUGGGGAAACUGGUAGGGAGGAUCGAGCUGAGAGCUGCAGUGUUACCCUGAAGUUAUGGGUGUUGUGGCUGGGAUUAUUUCUUGCCAAACUCUUUUGCGCAGGUGCUUCAUUUAUAUUGAACGCUUCUUAAACAGGGCAGUGGUAGUAGAGUAGAUAAGGGAGCUUGUAAAAAGUGUGGCUUUAGUUCCUUCUCUCAACUGACUUGUCCAGCUUGUUAAUUGCCUGGAAGGUUUUUUUUUUUUUAAAUUUAGAGCUGGAUACUUGGCAUGUCCUCACCAGGUGAUUACUGAAGUAGUCCGUGAGUACUGUUUUCCAUCUGCUUCUUGUCCUUCAGUUUCCAGAUUCGUUGUUUCUGAUGCAUCUUUCCCUUCUGUAUCAUUUAGAAGCAGGGCAGGAGUAGACUUGACUGCCGGCUGUUUAUUUCCCCCUCCAUAAGGAAUGUUACUCCAUCUAGUUUUGCAUCCAGAUAGGCUAUUCUUGGUUUUCAUAGUAUUCUCUGCAGACUUUUGGAAUUACUUGGUCAGAAGAAUUAUUCAACUUGGAUUGGUUGGAGUAAACAUUUUUCUUGAUUUAAAAACAUUUUUUUUUUACUUAUUUACCUUCCCACAGUGCUAGGUUUUCCUAGUUUGCUGUUGCAGUCACCCACUUGCACUUAGGAAUUACCAUGGGUUGAAGAAGCGUCCAGGAAAAAAGCAACAGAGAAAAAAUGUUUCAUUUUUGUUGAGUUUGAUGUUCUGUCCAACAUGCUGCCCACACCCUUUCUAUUGCUUAUGGACACUGACAUAAAUGAGACGGGUGACAACAAUUAUUUUAUCCAGAAUCUUGAAAGAAAAUGGAAAGGCAGCAGGGACAGAAAACUGUGAAAAAAGAGAGUUUCUGAAGAUGUGUAUCUCCAGGUAAACUUCCUGUCUUUGAUUAAACAGAUCAGAAUUAUAACCACCAUAUAAAACUGCAAGCUCUGCAACUGGAUAAAAUUGGAAGGCACAGUUCUACACCCUUUCAGAGGCAAUGCAGCCACAGUAGCAAUUGAUUCCUUCAGCCAGGCAAGCUCUUUCCUGAGAAGCUGUUGUUAUAUGUUAGUGUCUGCCUCAAAGCAUAACUGUAAAAUACUGUGAAUUAAUAUGAAGAUGUUUUCUCUCCUCCCUGCAUUGCAAAGUGUAAAACAUAAAUGCUAAAGUGUGCAUCUUCUGUAGCCCAGAACUAUUUCAGUUCAUGCUUUUGCUUCUUGACAUUGGCUUAAAAAUUCGAAGUUUGUACUAUAGGAAUCCUAAGGCAGUCUUUGCUAUAACAUUAUGAAAGGCUAACACUUACUAGAAUUUAUAUUGAAAAACUAAGGUAUUACAGAAUUUGUGGAAUUCUUAUUGUAAUUAAGGUAUUGCAAACAAGAAAUAUCUAUUCCUAAGGAUAUUAUCAAGAUGCACAGAUGGAAGUGUAUGAAGCCACAACUGGAAGAAGAGGUGAUAAAGAAAUACUUCCCUUCUUCUAGUGAAGGAUGAUCCUUGCCCGUAAGAAGAUGGCAAGUACAAGGAUUUGUGAUGUCCUGUCCUGUAUUAUCUUUUUCAAGAUGCUGCAGUGUACACAGUGGUGAGAUCUGAGUAUGUGGAUAGAAGAUGACAGGGGCAGCCAGCUGCAGUAGGAACUCAAGGGGAGAGACCUGAGAUCUUAGUAAUAUCCCUCUAAUAAUGAGCUAGAAGUCUAGCAAAGGAGGAUAGAGUCCAAGAUGAGCUUCAUUUUUUAAUUUACCAAAAAUAUUAAUACCCUGGUAGGGUUUUAAUUUAGAAACUUUAACUUGGUCAGACUUUUUUCCAGCAGUGCCUGUGUCUCACCUUCAGGUAAACAUUAUUAUAACUUUUUAAAUAUAAGUAGUGCACUGUUCAUGUAGCCAGUAGUGUUCAUUUUAUAUCUAAAAGGUGCUUUUAAGAGCCACUGUCAUGAGAAGGAAACAUCCAUUUUCAGGAGGUUACAUGACUUUUCUUCUAUUCUGACUUAAAACCUAAGAUGAAAGUGGCAACAUCUGGAUGUAAGUAAACCAGUUAAAAUUUACUUGAAGAGAAAACCAAUUUCUUAAAAAAUCACAGAUUUUUCUGUCAGGUAUUGUCAAUGUGUCAGCAGGAAAAAUCAUCAAUUGUUGUGUGGUUGAAAUGUGGUGGAGAAAAACCUUGCUAUUUAAGAGCAUCCUUUGCUGUCAUCUGGUUUUUACCCAUUAGCAGCCUAGGCAGAAAAAAAAAAAAAAAGAGGCCGCUUGGGAAGGGAUAGACAAGGCAGUCUGACCGUCCUCCUCUAAGUGGGCACUGCAGGGUCAGUGCACUUGAUGAAGUCUUUUCUUGAUGGAAAAAAAGUGUGCAUAAGUUAAUGCAAGUAUAACAUGUGCCUCUCUGUACAUUUUCCCAACUGCAGGCUUCCACGGCAUGCGGAAAGUGGGAAAGCAGACAAAGGAAAAGGAGGAGCAAGGAAUUGCUUGGUGAUAACUCCUCAAAACGGGAGGUUGCUCUCUAGCCUGAACGCUUUGCAUGACUUGUCCAGCACUGGGCAGUCGUGCUCUGUGGGCAAAGGGGGAACAGAGGCAGUUCUUGAGUGCGGCCUCCGUUACGUUGUGAGCUUUCACAGCGUGUGAACUGUUCCCCAGGAGCCUCUGCCAGGCUCUGCCCCUAAUCACUGACACGUUUGAUCCCUCCUCUCAGAUUUUGCAGGGGAAACCCAGUGGGAGAAAAAACAAGUAAGGAAAUUUCCGCUUUUGAGGCAGGGAUGGUAGGGGGCCUGGUUAUCCUUGUUAGCUUCCUGGCGGCACAGGAGAAAGGACUACUUUAGUGGAGGAGUAUCAGAGAUGGCUUGUCUCAUGAUGUUUACAAGUCCUUUUAGAUGUCACUGUAAGUGCUCUUGCUCUUAGGUGGUAGAAGUGAAGGCCUGUCAGGGAAGGAAAAUGCCUUCUGAUGUUCCUGGAUAACUAUUUUAUUAGCUGCUAGCUUCACAGUGUACACUUGGAUGACUUAGCUGAAGAAAAUUAGUACACCUGAGACUUUCAGUCAGUCUUGUAUUCGUUUAGAAUGAAAAGUAGUUUGAUCAGUUUGUGUAAAAACAUAUCCAUCCUUUUUUCCUCUCAAAAGAUCAGUGCUCUCCCUCAGGAAAGAAAUGAAAGCUGUUCCUGCUCCUAUAGCGAUUGCUUCUGAUUUUCACUGCUUCAAAGCAAAGUGCAGCUGUGUCAUUGUAUCUUCAGUGUGACAGAUCAUUCUGAGAUGAGAAAAUGAGGGAAGUGUUCAGUUUCUUUAAAACUAAAAUGGGCAUUACGAGGGGAGCAGUUGUGUUGACCUCUUUUCAGGUGGUGCAUGCAUCCACUGUAGUUGCAUGGAUUGGGACUUGUUAACCAAUUAUCAUCUAUAAAACUUCCUUAAUAAACCACAGAGGAGCAGCAUGACCUAUGAGAUUGACGUGGGAUUAGAAGUCAGGUGCUGACAAAUUCUGAUCUCUCUACUGCCACUUGCUCACUGAAUGGCCUUGGCAAGUCACUUCCCUCCCUCUCCCUUAUGCUCCACAGCUGUAAUAUAUCUGAGAGCAAUCCUUGCCUGUCUCACAAGAAUUUGGGGAAGUGGUGAAUGCUAUACAAGUGCUAAGUAUUGUUAUUAAAACUAUAAUAUGUCAGGUAAUGCAGAUACAUAGAUCAUCUGCCCUAUUCAGGCACUUGACUGUUAGCCUUAUGUCUCUGCACACUAAAAAUGUGCAGGAUACCAGGUACAAUGACGCACUUCAGUCUUGAAAUUACUUAUGUCUUCAAGGUCAGUUUUGGUGACUUCAAUUUCUGUUUCACAGCUGCAAUACCACAUUUUGGUCAAAUGGUGAUAAAUGAGAGGGUAACUCGUUUGCAAUUCCUUCUCCGUCUUCCUAAAUAUUUUGUUUCUUAGGAAGCUGAUGCUGCUAUGAACAUAUUGAAUAAUACUGAAUUUGCAAUAUUCUGCUUUCCAAAUAGAAAUGUUUAUAUUUAAAAUUGCUCAGACUGCAAUGCAAUAAAUAGAUCCAUGUAACAA